GUAAACUUACAUAUACUAAUUACACUCAUCCCUUCUCUAUUCUCUACUCUCUACUCUAUACUCUCUCUGCCUCACUUGAAUAUUUUGUGCUCUUGACUUCGAAACCAGCAUUUCAGCUAUCCAAUGCAUUAAUUUUGAUAAAUUACAACUCACAACUAGGAACAACGGCGGAAUGAUAGGAGCUUCUAAUAUACUUGAAUUAUGGAGGAUUCCUUCUACCAAUUUUUUAUUCAGAACCUCCAAAAUUUUCAAAGGUUCUAGACAAAUUCCGCAUAGAGCUCUUUAUCCUAUUACGUGCUUCUGCAAAGAGAUUCAGACCACUUCUUCUGAAAAAGUUCUGACGGCGAGCUACAUACCCGACACAAAAUCUAAAAGGGAAAACAAACUGCAGGUCAAAGAACCUGUGAAAAUCGAAACUAUAGGUGCUUUUCAAAAGCUGCCCAUGGUGAUGCCAUCUACUGAUAUUCUCCAAUCUGCUUUGCGGAAAGCAAAGAGGGUUUCACCUACAAAGGGCAUUGCCAAUAUUGCAAAGCGAGAGAGGAACAGGGGUGCUAAGCAACUUGAUGCGCUAAUGAAGGAGUUGGCGGUUCCCCUUAGAACAUAUACGGAGAACUUCCCUAACAAAAGCCAUCUACAUCCGUAUGAGCGAUCCCUUAUUGAGUUGACCCUUGGAGAUGGUAAUUAUGAAGAGGUUUUGCUAAAGGUUAAUGGCCUGCGGAAGAAGGUUACAUCUGUUGGAAAGGAACAUGCUUCUCUUUGUGGGAAGUCUUUGACAAAGAAAGAGGCAGAGGAACGGUUGAAUGAGGGUAUGAGAAGAUUAGAAGAAACUUUCAGUCGUGAAAGAAAGGCCGUUGAUGAUUUGCUGGAUAUUGCCAAGACUUUACGAGCUAUGCCGGUGGUCGAUCUGGAAACCCCAACAUUGUCCCUUGUAGGAGCCCCUAAUGUUGGAAAGUCAUCAUUGGUUCGUAUACUUUCAACAGGGAAGCCAGAGAUUUGCAACUACCCGUUCACAACCAGGGGAAUUCUAAUGGGUCAUAUUGUUGUAAACUAUCAGCGUUUUCAGGUAACAGACACUCCUGGGGUACUCAAGCGAUUAGAUGAGGCAAGGAACAAUUUGGAGAAGCUGACUCUUGCAGUCCUCACACAUUUGCCAACAGCUGUAGUUUAUGUUCAUGACUUAACAGGAGAAUGUGGAACGUCUGUGUCUGACCAGUUCACAACAUACACAGAGAUUAAGGGAAGGUUUAGCAAUCACCUUUGGCUCGAUGUUGUUUCCAAAUGCGAUCUUUUGCACGAGUCCCCUUCUUCCUUCAUAACUGAAGACUUGGCCACUGAUAAUCCAGAUUUGUCAAGAUACAGAAUGUUUGGGCCUGAAGGUGCCAUUCGUGUAUCUGUAAUGAACGGACUUGGUCUCGAUGAGCUGAAGCAAAAGGUUCACAGUAUGCUUAUUUCCCAGUCGGACAAAAUCAAAAGCCAGAUAAUAGAUCCAGAAAGUGUGGCAAUUCCUACGUGAUAGUAGUUCUGCUUCAUACUUGAUGUUAAAGUAUGAUCUGGUGAAGUUUGAUGACACCAAGGGAACAUAUUGCCUAGAAUGUGGCACUCGGCUUGUGCUGCAAAGAAACUUCAGAAUCUGAUUAGUCUUGCAACACGAUGUGAUGAGACCAUACAGUUCAAAUGUAUGAUAGAGGUAGGAGAAAGCUUUUUGGCACAGAAAGAAUCGCGUCUUCUUAUGAAUUAUAAUGGAGAAUAGUCAUUUCUACACUUCCAAUGUGGCCUUUGGCUGCGGAGGAGCUUGUAGUUGGGCUAUAAUGAGAAUUAAUUAAGAAUACUAAGAGCUGGAGAGAAAUGCAAUUGCAUCUGUAAUCAUUCAUAGGAACUUUGAAUGCAUAUGAUUUUUGGUAGAAUUGGCUAAAUUUGUAAAAUUGUACCUUUAAUUUCUUGGGUGAAUGAUCCAAUUGCUUCACUAGGUUUUGGUAGGUUUGUAUUUAAGUGUCGAGGUUCGUAUUUAAGCCUAGAUUUACUUACAGUUCUAACUUAUUUCAUGUGAAUUUUUUGCUGAUGACUCUUUUGAGCGUAAAUUAGAUUCUAUAUUUAAGAGUA